CGCGCGCGCUCCUAAUCCCCUGCCUUCCGGCUCAGCCGAGCCGCUUGCGGCGGCCAGCAGGGUCGCCUUCGCUGGGGACCUCCGUCGCUGGCUCUGCGUCACCGUCUGGUCAGGCGGAGCGAUGCCCGCGCCCCGCUUCCCCGUGUCCCGCGCGCCCGGUGACCACUCGCCCGCUGCAGGGCUGCAGCCGUGACCCCCUGCCGCCGACUUUCGCCCAGCGUCCAGCUCCGAGCUCGCUGGCCCGGGCGGGGAGAGGCCCUGGUAGUGUCAGGAGGUUUCAGAGGCUGGAGCAGCUACUUCUGUGGUCGUGGAGAUCAGCGUCCACCAGGAUUACUGUAUGGUCUUCACCCAGCCUGCCACCCCCUAGGCUCAGCCUUGGGUCCUGAUUUCCACCAAUGAAGUUUUUUUUUUUUUUAAGCCUUUCUUGAAUCAUGUGACAUCACUUCUUGUCCGUUGUUUCUCUUUCAGUAGCCAAAUCCACUAGGUGUAAGUUCCCGUUGGUUGACAGUACUGAGUUGUUUGCCUGUCCACUUGGCACUGUCGUUAUGAUUUUCAUAAGUACUCACCCGAGUCCUUGCCUUGAAGAGAGCAUUCACACUCUUGGCUGCCUGACAAAGACAACAGUCAGGCGAUGAUUCUCCCAGCUCCGUUUUUCUGUAUGUCAAGUUUGCAAGGCUGAAAAAAACUAUUUUCUUGCACAUUGGCAUAGGAAAAGAUAAAUCCUGCAUUGAUGGCAAAAGUUGAUCACCAUGAGACUGUUUUAGAUUCCUUGGUAGGGCAGUAUGGUUUCCAGUAAGGCUUCAGUUUAUGAAAAGAGCAAGGAGGAAGGUGAGAAAAUAGGGUUAAUUGGAGCUAUCCCGUGUCAUAGGAACUUGAUUAAUUUCUAAAAUGCAAGUGAAGAGACUCAGAGUUCCUUAGAAAGUUGUUACACCAUCUAUUAAGCCCCAGGGAACAGCUGAGGGCUCUUAAGCCUCCAUUUUCUGUCUAAGUUGUUAAUUGUCUAAAAUAUUAGACUGAAAUGUUGGGGAAACGUAAGCGUGUGGUGUUGACAAUUAAAGACAAACUUGACAUCAUUAAGAAGCUUGAAGAAGGCAACUCUUUUAAAAAACUUUCUGUCCUGUAUGGAAUUGGUGAAUCCACAGUUCGAGACAUUAAAAAAAACAAAGAAAGAAUUAUAAACUAUGCCAACAGUUCAGAUCCUACUAGCGGGGUGUCCAAACGUAAAUCUAUGAAGUCAUCAACGUAUGAGGAGCUUGAUAGAGUUAUGAUAGAGUGGUUUAAUCAACAGAAAACAGAUGGGAUCCCAGUGUCUGGGACUAUCUGUGCAAAACAAGCCAAGUUCUUUUUUGAUGCAUUGGGGAUGGAAGGUGAUUUUAAUGCCUCAUCUGGCUGGCUCACUCGGUUUAAGCAGCGCCACGGGAUUCCAAAGGCUGCUGGUAAAGGAGCAAAGUUAAAAGGGGAUGAAACUGCUGCCAGUGAAUUUUGUGGUAACUUUCAAGAAUUUGUGGAAAGAGAAAAUCUCCUACCGGAACAAAUUUAUGGUGCUGAUCAAACUGGACUGUUCUGGAAAUGUCUCCCCUCAAGGACACUGGCUUUUGACCCUGACCGGAGUACUUCGGAGUAUAGGUCAAGCAGGGAGAGAAUCAUUAUUAUGUGUUGUGCAAAUGCCACGGGUCUACAUAAGCUUAACCUUUGUGUGGUAGGAAAAGCAAAAAGGCCCCGUGCAUUCAAAGGCACUGACCUUUCCAACCUUCCUGUCACUUACUUCAGUCAGAAAAGUGCAUGGAUCGAGCAGUCUGUUUUCAAACAGUGGUUUGAGAAGUGCUUUGUGCCACAGGUGCAGAAGCACCUGAAAUCCAAAGGGCUUCGAGAGAAAGCAGUACUGCUUUUAGAUUUUCCCUCAGCACAUCCAGCUGAGGACCAGCUGAGCUCCGAUGAUGGCAGGAUAAUUGUGAAAUAUUUGCCACCAAAUGUGGCAAGUCUUAUUCAACCUAUGAGCCAAGGAGUUCUAACCACAGUCAAAAGAUAUUACAGAGCAGGACUUAUCCAGAGAUACAUGAAUGAAGGAAAUGACCCAAAAAUGUUCUGGAAGAAUUUGACAGUGCUGGAUGCAAUUUAUGAGGCCUCAAGAGCCUGGAACAUGAUACGAUCAAAUACCAUAACCAGAGCGUGGAAAAAGCUUUUCCCUAGCAGUGAAGACAAUUCAAGCAUGAGCAUUGAUGAAGGAGCCAUUUUAGCUGCUAAUUUAGCAACAGUUUUACAGAAUACAGAAGACUGUGAGCAUGUCAACAUUGAAAAUAUCGAGCAGUGGUUUGACUCUCGGAGUAGUGACUCAAACUGUCAGGUGUUGGCUGACAUUGUAGGUGCUGAAGACCGGGCUGUGGCUGCUGAGCAGAAGCCUUCCAGGAAGACUAGGAAAGCAGAACUGAAUCCAGAGAAGCAUAUUAGCCACAAAGCUGCACUUGAAUGGACUGAAAAUUUGCUGGAUUAUCUGGAACAACAAGAUGACAUGCUACUAUCUGAUAAGCUGGUAUUGCGGAGGCUUCGGACCAUUAUAAGAAGAAAACAGAGGAUUCAAAAUAAAAAUCAUCUAUAGCGCUCCCUUCGGUUGCUGUGUAUUUUCAUCUUUGUGGCUUGUCUGCAGUGGUUUUAUCUAAGGCCAAAUAAAUGUUACCAAUGAUUUUAGAAUUAGACGCUGCUUUGGAUUACUUAAAUUACAGCUCUUUGAUGUUGGCUCUCAAUGAGCAAUGACAUGGAAUUCAUUAUCUGCUUCUAAACUGUGUUAUACUAAUUAGAUCACAAGGUACCCAAGGCUGGGAUAUGUUGUAUGUCUGAAUUCAACAUGUCUAGUGACAGGCUGUGCACACUCAAUAAAUCUUACUUAAAUUGAA